AUGCGCGCCGGGACGUCGACGACCGCGCCCGCGCGCGCGCGCGUCGCGCGAACGCGAACGACGACGACGACGCCGCGUCGAGGGACGACGACGACGACGCGCGCGAUGAAACGCGCGACCACGGUGGAGGAACAACGCCGACGGGCAAAGGAAAUGGUGACGUACUUUAAGGAUCGACGGUACGACGACGCGCUGGAGGAGAGCCAGGUGUUCGGAUGGACGGCGAAGAAUGAGAUUAAUAACGGACGGUGGACGAUGUUUGGAUUACUGGUGGGGAUGAUGACGGAGUACGGUACCGGGGUGGAUUUCGUCGAUCAGAUUAAGCUCUUGGUGAGCGUCUUGGGGAUCGCCGACGUGUACGAUUGA